AUAGUGAAUGCGGGUCCGGGGAGAGCGGAUAUAGUGAAUGCGGGGUCCGGGGAGAGCGGAUAUAGUGAACCCCUAACGCACAGGGGGUCCGGGGACAGCGGAUAUAGUGAACGCGGGGGUCCGGGGACAGCGGAUAUAGUGAACGCGGGGUCCGGGGACAGCGGAUAUAGUGAACGUUGGUCCGGGGAGAGCGGAUAUAGUGAAUGCAGGGUCUGGGGAUCUGCUCUCCCUGGACCCGCAUUCACCAUGGAUCCAGUUGUAGAGUAGUGAGGGGGGGGUAUGGAGCCAGUUGUAGAGUAGUGAGGGGGGGGGGGGGUAUGGAGCCAGUUGUAGAGGUUGGUAUGGG